UCUUUCAGUCCUGAGGAAGCAGAAGCUCCCAAUAAACAAACUAAGUGCAUUCUUUACAGAAUGCAACUCAGAAAGCACUACAGUGAGCAAGAUCACAGCAGCAACAAUUGCAGAUACAUCGUUUCCUUACGGCUUUAACUCCAUGCUGUUUGAUCUGUAUCUGGACAUCGAUGUCCUACAGGACAACCUGGCAGCCAUUACUGAGAAAGUGGUGGACACCAGCCUCCAGAAUGUCAUUCUGAACAAGUUAAACCAGAUUUAUCCAUCAGGCCUUAAUGAUGAUGUGCUGCAACUACUAGGUUCCACGUCUCGGGUGGCAUCUAUUGAUGCUAUUAGCAAAUGGAACAUUACUAUAAUUGAUACGCUGUCCUCUUUACUGGACUCAAAUGAUGGAAGCUGGGAACCAGAAAAGAGUAAAGCAAUCAUCAUGAGAUAUCUGAACAUUGAUAUUCAUUCUCUGGGAAGUGCUGAAAUAAAUAUCAUUGGUUCUUACAUCUGUACAUUAGACAUCAAUGUACUGGAAAAUAUCACUGCUGAGAACCUAAUAAUGGUCCUGCCUCAGAUCUGA